ACAAUUCAAAUCUCGAUCUCAUCCACACUACUCCCUUCCAGUGUGAAAUAUUUAGCAUUCGGUGUAAGGAUACUUAAGUUGCAUCCACACUUCAAAAUCAAAGUCUCUUUUUAUGUGAUUAUAUAGCUCAAUCAUAGGACUAUUAAUUAGUAAUUAGUUAGUGAUUUUUGUUUAGUUGAUCAUUUGACAAUAUGAGAUCUUAUAAUUCCUUCACUUCAAAAAAAAUAAAAAAGUUACAUUUUCGGUAUUUGAGACAAAAGAGAGAUAAAGAAAGAGAAAAAAAACUUCAACUUUUUCUGAGACUAAUCAAAAUAAAUUUUCUUCAAAGUAAACUAGUUCAACUAGUAGGGACAAUAAUACAUGUUCUAAAUGAAUUUCAUUAUUAUUCUUUAUUCUUGGUUAUUAACAAACCAAGACUAUAAAAGUCGCGAAUUUCAUUCAAUCAGCAGAAUCUAACUCCGUUCAAUUUUAAUACAAUCCAAUCAAUAAAAUAAUUUCAAUUAAGUUAUUAGAGGAAGAGGACAUGACCUUAUCCAUUUAAGCUCUAACCUAAAACAUAUUAACAAAAAAAAAAAAAAAAAAAAAAAAACUAAAAAUCAUAUAUAUUAAAAACUUGUUUAUUGGACCAUGUGGCUACUUCACAUUAUGCAAAAAUCAAGAAUCCACUGGGAUAAUCUGGUCCCCUUCCUUUCUUCAAUUGUUUUUUGUGUGUUUUGGGGUGGGGUUUGGGGUGGGGUGGGGUGGAGUGGAUGUGGGUCAUCUUGAGAAUUUGGCUUCCCUCUAUCUUUAAACUAUGAAUUGGAAUUUGGAAGUCAAAACAUCAAAAUACAAUUAACUCAAAAUCUGUCAACCCAAUUUCCAGAAUUGCCUAUAACAAGUUUUCACAGCUCCCCUUUUCAAAAUAUACUACAGAAUUUACUGAUGCAUUUCCCUCCUGCACCACCAAUACUCGUCGUACUCGUUAACAUUACCAUUACCAUCGACGCUAACUGUAAGUCUGUAACAUUACUUCCAGUUUACAUCAGAAACCUGUUGGUUUUUUACCCCGUAAACUAGCAAUUUUCUGAGUGCUUUUCCUAUUUCUCGUACCCAUGGACCCAAUCAAAUUAUACCAGCAAAAACUUAAAACACAAAAGAGACGUAUCUCUGCCACAUUAAUUGCUCUAUAUCUCUCAAUAACCCCACCCAUGAUCUUUCUUCAACAUACACAAGAUCUCUUCCUGGUCCAUAUGUACGUAUACUUGCUUGCCAAUUCUGUUGAGACAUGAAAAGAAAGUUCGCGUUCACUAAAUUUCUUCAUCUGUCCAAGUACAUGGCAGCUACGCGCUACUUCCUUGCCAUCAUACAGUCGUCUGACAAAUACAAAAGAUUCAAGGAAUAGGAAUAAUAGAUUCUUACCUCACUAUAUAAAACCUUCCAAACACAGCUUAGAAGCCUGCACAAUAACUUUUGGACGCUCUUUUACUACAGCUUAUCUGCUCUUGAGCACCACAAAAAUUCUUUUAGCACUUAAGCAUGUCCUUUUCUUGCACAAAAUCAUUUUUCAACCGCUUCUACACAGAUGAGCUGAGGAUUGAAGGUAGUAGCUAUGGUAACGUGUUCUCUAGUGAUAUCCUGCCAUCUCUUGGUGCUCGAAUGAACCAAGCCAUAAAACUCAAAAAACAUAUCGUUUCACCUUUUGAUCCUCGCUAUAGGGCAUGGGAGAUGCUGCUAGUUGUCCUGGUUGUGUACUCGGCAUGGAUCUGCCCUUUUGAAUUUGCAUUCCUUACAUAUAAACGGGAUACAAUCUUCAUCAUUGACCACAUUGUCAAUGGCUUUUUUGCCAUUGAUAUUGUUCUUACCUUCUUCGUAGCAUAUCUUGAUCGUAGGUCUUACCUACUUAUUGAUGAUCAUAAGAAAAUUGCAGUCAGGUACCUAUCAACCUGGUUUAUAUUCGAUGUCUGCUCAACAGCGCCUCUUCAGACAUUUAGCCUCAUCUUUACUAACCACAAUGGUGGACUAGGGUUUGAAGCACUUAACAUGCUCAGACUCUGGAGACUUCGUAGAGUCAGCUCGCUGUUUGCAAGGCUUGAGAAAGAUAUCAGAUUCAACUACUUUUGGACCCGCUGCACUAAACUUGUCUCGGUAACUCUGUUUGCUGUUCACUGUGCUGGAUGCUUCUAUUAUCUGAUAGCAGAUAGAUAUCCUGAUCCGAAGAAAACAUGGAUUGGUGCAGUAAACCCGGAUUUUAAAUCACAGAGCAUAGGAAAAAGAUAUAUUUCCUCGAUUUACUGGUCUAUUGUGACACUAACAACAACUGGUUACGGCGACCUACAUGCUGAAAACACAAUUGAGAUGAUAUUCGACAUCUUCUACAUGCUGUUCAAUCUCGGACUCACAUCAUACCUUAUCGGAAACAUGACAAACCUUGUUGUUCACUGGACCAGUCACACCCGAACUUUUAGGGAUACAGUCAGGGCUUGUUCAGAAUUCGCAACACGCAAUCAGCUUCCUCCACGAAUACAGGACCAAAUGCUGUCACAUAUUUGUCUGAAGUUCAAAACAGACAGUUUAAAGCAGCAUGAGACCCUGAAUGAUCUUCCCAAAGCUCUUCGAUCGAACAUUGCACAACAUCUUUUUUUUCCCAUUCUCCAGAAAGUCCAGCUUUUCCGUGGAGUAUCACAAAACUUUUUUUUACAACUGGUUUCAGACAUAGAGGCUGAAUAUUUCCCACCAAGAGAAGAUGUCAUUUUACAAAAUGAAGCGCCAACAGAUAUGUAUAUCCUUGUAUCUGGUUCACUGGACAUGGUAGCUCACAUUAAUGGGCAUGAACAGGUUUUUCAAAAGAUACUUGCAGGAGAUAUAUUUGGAGAUAUAGGGGUCCUGUGUGACAGACCGCAGCCCUUCACAGUUCGGACCACAGAGCUGUCUCAGAUAUUAAGGCUAAGUAGAACUUCGAUUACAAAUUCUUUUCACACACACAAGGAAGACGGACACAUCAUUAUGAGCAAUCUAUAUCUGAAACUCAAGUCUCUAGAAAGCCUAGGUUGUUUAAUGCAGCCAGUAGUUGAGGAAUAUCUUUGUGGUGGAUGGUUUCAUGGUCCACACAGAUGUAAGACGUGCUCUACAAUUGGAUGUGAAGCUCGAUUCCAUGAAAGUUCCUUGACCAAUGAAGGAUGGAAGGCCACUUAUAAGGUGGACGCUAAAGAAUUCCACAAUCCAACCACAUGUAGCAUGGGCAUUCAAUCAGAGAUCCAAAAUGAUCAGCCAAAGUUUUGUUCAGCUGUUCAGGAUGAAGAACUUGGUGCAGUUAAGAUUCUGGUCGAUGAAGGUGCUGACACAAAGUGGGGAGCAUCAAAUUACUCAGUGCAACAAGGAAGUGAAAACAAAUAUAAUGAACAAACACUUCAUAGAAAAAGAGAAUCAAGUGAUAGGAUUAGUAUAGAGGCCGGAGAAAUACAAUCACCAGGGUUCCAGAACAACCAUGAGAACCGAGAAUGCAGCAUGAACUAUUGUAGCCAGGCAGUAGCAGAGAUGUCUAGACCAAGCUAUUCUGGAGUAGCAACUACAAAUUUAAACAAUAAUAUUAGAGUUAUCAUUCACGUGCAGUCACAAAGUGAUCGUAUGGAGAAGCAGUUUGGCAAAUUGAUUGUUCUGCCUGAUAGCAUUGAAGAGCUGUUCAGUAUUGCAGGCCAGAAGUUCGGCGGAUGCUUUACAAGAAUUACCAGCACUGAUAAUGCAGAAGUAGAAGAUAUUGGUGUCAUUAGAGAUGGUGAUCAUCUAUUUUUCUGCAAUAACAGAGGUUCCAAAGAGUUCAAUGCAAUUUAGCUGCAUAAUUAGAAUGCAAGUUGCAAAUAAAUGGAACUCUUCUAACCUCCUUCCAAAAUAAAUUUUGAGGAAAUGAAAAGUGUAUCAUAGAACAGAUGGGAUAAUUGGAUAGAAAACUUGUAAAUCAAUUAAGUUCCUAAACUUACUGAAAUUGAAAGGGAAAGCCCUCAUUUGAGUGUUUAAUUCAA